AUGGACGCCUUCGAAAAGUUUGACAAGAAUAAAGAUGGUUCGCUUGGACUGAAAGAAAUUCAGAGAUUGGUGGAAGCAUUGAAUGUGAGCAUGAGUCCUAGCCAAGUGAAAAAGAAGUUUAAGGUAAGCAAGGAGAAACGGUGUUGCAAUUACUUUGAAUACCCCUGAUUUGGUUCAUUCCCUUCUUUUGUUGGUUUUACUCGACAAAGGGAUAUAUAAUUGCCUGGGAGUCUCGAUCAAAAUGAUUUCUGGAAAGAAAGUUCCGUUUCCAGCGGUUAAGGGCCUAUUUUAAGUACAAGACAAAAAUACAGCUGGCUUGCUUUAAGGCGCAUCACUUCACAUGAUUAUUCCUUAUGCACUUAUACCCAGACCUAAGUCAUUCGACCACUGCUCGAAAACCACAAGGAUAAUCCAUUUAACCCCUUUUAAUUCCUCAAAAGUUCUGGAGCUUAUUUCAAUUCAGGAUGCGAUCUGAAACAAGGAGGAGCGCUUAAUCAACUUAGGUUGUUCAUUCGGGGCUGUUCGGCUAGUGAAGUCUGACUGACUGACCAAUCAAUACAUCGUUAGCAUGGCGAUUAUUUGGUCUUUGUGCUGAGAUGCCUAAGGGAUUAAUUGUUCUUCACAGGAAACUCAUGAAACUUAGCUACGGUCCUGGACAAAAGUUUAUUUGGACGAUGAUGCAAUAUUCGCAAUUAUCUUGGCAUGGACUUCUGGAUGCCCUCAUAAAACAGGACCAUCUUUUGCAAAGUACUUCGCAGUUCUCCCUCCUUCCAACUUUUAAAAUGUUAUACUCAGAAAAAUUCUGGAUACACUCGUCCAACGUUGUUUUUGAGGUGGGGGAGGGGUUGGGCAUGUGUGAUUUGACAAAAAAAAAUACAAAUUUGUCCCAAGUCUUUUGCCCGUGAUUGUAGGCGGACUGCGUUAGUCUAUCGUUCUUUCUACAUUAAUCCUUUAUCGCAAGGCUGGACAACAGACCGGCUAGAUUGACUAAGGAUGUCAAUCGAAAGCGCAUUCAAAUUUUACUUAUUAAAAAAAAAUCUUAUUUUAUUAGGAAGUAAAUACUGAUGGUGACGCAGCACUUGACAAGGACGAGUUUGCAUCGUUUUUCAAGUCCAUUUCCACAAGAGAAGAAAUUGUCAACCUUCUGAAGAAAUUUUCAUCUAAUGGCGCACACAUGACUGCAGAGGACUUUCAUUACUUUCUGGUCAACGAGCAAGGGGUAAGUUAGCAGAUUCGGCCUGUAGAUUGCUGGUUUUUACGGGUCACAAAGCAAACAGUCAUUUCUCCAGACGGUCAGUCGGUCUGUCAGCAAGUCCAAAGGUCAGUUCGUAGAAUCUAGUCGUUGGUCCGCGAGGUAGUUGUCGAGCUGUUUGAUUCAACAAACGGCGGUUUUACUAUGCAACGUUAUUCCAAUUGUUCUAUUUCAUUUGAUUUGUCUUUUGUUUGGGUUCGCGUAUACCUUUUUUACCCAUCCGUUAGCCUGCGUAGCUGGAAGGAUUGUGAUGCCCGGGGUAAUUUCUACGCAAAGAACAGAAAGAAGUGGCGAAUCCGUGAGGGAUGUUCGCGCGCUCCUUUGAGAACCUACUCGCAAAGUUUAAGAAUUUGUUUCUUUCAGAUGGAAGACGUUAGCAAGGAACACUCUUUGGAAAUGAUCUUAAACCAUGAACCAACAGAGACAGGAAGAAAGAAUAGAGAAUUAGGAAUAGAUGGUCAGUGCUUUGGGUUUUUUUGCCAAAUCUUUGCUCGCUAGAGUGCUUGUGCGGCCUGGGAUUGAAAAGCGAGUGUUUGCAUAUAUUCGUUUCAUUUAAUAGACAGGCGAGUGGUAUCAUCCCUUGUUAACACGCAUGUCAGAGUGCAAGUGGAUUCCUUUUGCCUCAAUCCCUUCUCACCAAACCAGAAUGAUGCCGUCUCUCUUAUCAUUAGUGGAAAACAAGUACAAGAUUUUUACAUCUUAUGCCAUCUCACUUUUAUAUAAGAAAAGCGCGACAAAAAUCCCUUUUCCUCACCUUGGGAAAGGCAAAUUGGUUUGAAUUAUCGGGAGGUUUCAAACAUCGAGUGUAAAAUUGCACCGUUUGCUUGUCAAAGAAAAGUUAAGUUUGGCUCGAAUCAUCGGGAAUUUCGAAAAACCGAGGAUUAGAGAAAUGGUGAUUCCACUAUAUUUGUCAGUGCAGACUCUUGUAGAGUUAGCUCAAAAACUCUUGUGCGCAUGUUUCUUGUUUUUCGUCCGUUUUAGUUUGAUAAUGGUAAACAUAUUCCCUAUACUUUUACCAAUUUUAAAAUUGUUUUUUCAUCGCAGGCUUGGCAAACUACCUUAAAUCACCCGAAGGUGACAUUUUUAACCACGACCACGACAAAAUUUAUCAAGACAUGACUCAUCCGUUGACACAUUACUACGUAGCCUCAUCCCAUAACACCUAUCUUCUGCAAGACCAACUUCGCGGCCCUUCCAGCGUGGACGCCUACAUCAAUGCACUGAGGAAGGGAUGCCGUUGUGUUGAGCUUGACUGCUGGGAUGGUGAUAAUGGUGAGCCCAUUGUAUACCACGGACACACACUCACAUCGAAAAUCCUUUUCAAAGAUGUCAUACAAGGAAUCAGUAAACACGCUUUUGAAGUUUCGGAGUAAGUUGUCAUUUUGUAUGUGUGUAUUUUUAGAAACUUUGAGCCUGUGGAAGAACUCUUAGGGCGGCCAAAGUCGGGCAUUUAUAAUUCUUUUCUUUAUUCAUCUAAAUUAUAAUAAAAUUAUUUAACAAUCAAUGAAUGAGGCUGAGUAUCUAAUGAAGAAUUAUGGAGAUCGAGGAGGGUGUUAUCCGUCGAGGCCGUAGGCCAAGGCGGAUAACACCUACCGAGAUCUCCAUAAUUCUUCAUAUGAUACGAAAGCCGAAUUCAAGAAUUGUUUUAUCAUUCAUUCAAAAUAAUUCCUAAUUUAAAAACACAGCUAAAACAAGCUUACCUGCAUCGAUUUUAAGUUUAUCUUCGAUAGUUUACGUUUAGGUUUGUCCAGCUCCGCAAAUAUUCUCCAAAUUGCAGAUGUCACACUCCAAGUUGUCUUCUUGCUGUUUUUGCUAUGUUUUUAGCCAUUAUUUCGCCUAGUUCCAGCUGUAGUUAUUACUCUUGAAACGAGUGAAGUGUCCGCCAUUUUAGUUUUUACAGCGAAAACAACUCAAUCUCGUCCCCAGGUCUUCUCGGUUAACGAUGCAUUAACCUGUAGAAGGCUGCAUUUUUGACGUCAUUUCCUCGUUAAACACAAAAAUUCUUCCAAAUUUGGUCAUCAGUAACUGGUUAUGGUGAAUUAUGCGUGUACCUUUAGCCAAUCAGAAUUGGGUAAAUAUUUUGAAUGAAUAAUAAUAUUAAUUAUUAUUAAGUCUCAAGCUAUGUUCACACUAAAAUGUGAUAGCCUUUUUUCAUUUUCGAAAACCGUAUCGGAGAGGUAUUUUGCUCACCAAUGAAUUUCUUCUUCUUCUUCAAUUACUUGGCUCCAUCUAUAAAGAUGAUUCUUCAUUCAUUUCGUCCUUACGCAUGCUUCUAGCGGAAGACCUGGUAACACCGCUGCGCACUGAACCUUUACCUCUACUUCCCGUACUGCAAUAAGCGAGGUCACAAUAGUGUGUGCAACCCUGGGGCCGUUUUGUAACGUGGCUGUUCACAUUUUAUCAGAUCGAUUUCUACGCCGCCAAAAAAACUGUUCCGGCCUCGGUGUUUGGUUAUUUUAUCGCCUGUCCGGGUAUCCAGUAAAGGACUUCUUCUCGUUUUUGAUAUGCUACUUUUCGGUGUUUAGGUAUAAGAUAAAACACUCCUUCUCGAGUUUGAUAGGUUACUUACUUACCUGGACAAUUGAUGCAACAGUCGAUCCUUCCCGUGUUUGAUAUGUUAUUUAUUUGCCUGGAAAACUUAUGAAACACUUCUUCAGUUCUCGUGUCUGAUAUGUUAUUUCUCGGUGCCUGGAUAUCUGAUGAAACACUCCUUCUUGUUCUUGAUAGAUUAAAUAUCGGUGCCUAGAUACCUGAUGAUACACUCCUUCUCGUAUCUGAUAUGAUAUUUCUCGGUGCAUAGACAUGUGAUAAAACACUCCCUCUCGGGUUUGAUAUGUUAGUUAUCGGUGUCUGGGCCAUCAGAUGAAAUACUCCUUCUCUUGUUUGAUAAGUUACUUAUUGGUGCCUGCAUAUCUGAUGAAACACUCCAUCAAGUGAAGAGCAAUUGUAACACUCAGAUUUUCACUGUUUUGUAGGUAUCCAGUUAUUCUUUCCCUGGAGAACCACUGCAGUCUCCCAAAUCAAAAGAAAAUGGCAGAAUAUCUCGAAGCAAUUUUGGGCGGUAUCCUUUGUCGACUUGCAAUAUGUUGUACGCUUAAUCAUUGCAUUCUUAUAGAUUUUUAAGUAAGUAAAUCAUUAAUAAAAAGAGAAUUGAAAUAAUUUGGAUAAUCUAAAAGAGGUGUUGGACGAGUGUAUAGUAAAGCAGGUGAAGAACGAGUCUAUACCAGUAGCACAGCAAGCACCCUCGAAAGAUUGAAUAUAUAAAAUAUUAACUAUGAGGUCAAUAUUCUAGGGAAUAAUUAUAACUUAGCCCCAGGACCCCACGCCGUUUCGUCGGCUGGGUGUUGACUGAAUUUUUCUUGUAAUCUGAUCAUUCGUCUCGCUGAGUCAGUCGAUUACUGUUUUCACACCCUCCCUCCCACCCUGGGGGCUUCCCUUGAGUCCUCAGGGUCUCGGUUCCUUCUUUAAAGACGCCCAAGCAGAUUCACUGGCUUGUUGUUUGCUGUCGUGCGCGGGGAACACGAGGGAUAAUUAAUCAGAUAAAUAGAAGUUAUAUGUCGAAUGAAUGUGUAAACGAAAAGUUUGAUUGAUUAUAAAGAAGGCAGGAUGUUGUUCCUUGAUUCAGAUAUCGCCUAGAUUGAUUGUAGGCGGACUGCGUUAGUCUAUCGUUCUUUCUACAUUCAUCCUUUAUCGCAAGGCUGGACAACAGACCGGCUAGAUUGACUAAGGAUGUCAAUCCAAACCGCAUUCAAAUUUUACUUAUUAAAAAAAUCUUCUUUUAUUAGGAAGUAAAUACUGAUGGUGACGCAGCACUUGACAAGGACGAGUUUGCAUCGUUUUUCAAGUCCAUUUCCACAAGAGAAGAAAUUGUCAACCUUCUGAAGAAGUUUUCAUCUAAUGGCGCACACAUGACUGCAGAGGACUUUCAUUACUUUCUGGUCAACGAGCAAGGGGUAAGUUAGCAGAUUGCUGGGCAAACUCUUAGGUAGAUUCGGCCUGUGGAUUGCUGGUUUUUGCGGGUCACAAAGUAAACAGUCAUUUCUCCAGACGGUCAGUCGGUCUGUCAGCAAGUCCAAAGGUCAGUUCGUAGUAUCUAGUCGUUGGUCCGCGAGGCAGUUGUCGAGUUGUUUGAUUCAACAUACGGCGGUUUUACUAUGCAACGUUAUUCCAAUUGUUCUAUUUCAUUUGAUUUGUCUUUUGUUUGGGUUCGCGUAUACCUUUUUUACCCAUCCGUUAGCCUGCGUAGCUGGAAGGAUUGUGAUGCCCGGGGUAAUUUCUACGCAAAGAACAGAAAGAAGUGGCGAAUCCGUGAGGGAUGUUCGCGCGCUCCUUUGAGAACCUACUCGCAAAGUUUAAGAAUUUGUUUCUUUCAGAUGGAAGACGUUAGCAAGGAACACUCUUUGGAAAUGAUCUUAAACCAUGAACCAACAGAGACAGGAAGAAAGAAUAGAGAAUUAGGAAUAGAUGGUCAGUGCUUUGGGUUUUUUUGCCAAAUCUUUGCUCGCUAGAGUGCUUGUGCGGCCUGGGAUUGAAAAGCGAGUGUUUGCAUAUAUUCGUUUCAUUUAAUAGACAGGCGAGUGGUAUCAUCCCUUGUUAACACGCAUGUCAGAGUGCAAGUGGAUUCCUUUUGCCUCAAUCCCUUCUCACCAAACCAGAAUGAUGCCGUCUCUCUUAUCAUUAGUGGAAAACAAGUACAAGAUUUUUACAUCUUAUGCCAUCUCACUUUUAUAUAAGAAAAGCGCGACAAAAAUCCCUUUUCCUCACCUUGGGAAAGGCAAAUUGGUUUGAAUUAUCGGGAGGUUUCAAACAUCGAGUGUAAAAUUGCACCGUUUGCUUGUCAAAGAAAAGUUAAGUUUGGCUCGAAUCAUCGGGAAUUUCGAAAAACCGAGGAUUAGAGAAAUGGUGAUUCCACUAUAUUUGUCAGUGCAGACUCUUGUAGAGUUAGCUCAAAAACUCUUGUGCGCAUGUUUCUUGUUUUUCGUCCGUUUUAGUUUGAUAAUGGUAAACAUAUUCCCUAUACUUUUACCAAUUUUAAAAUUGUUUUUUCAUCGCAGGCUUGGCAAACUACCUUAAAUCACCCGAAGGUGACAUUUUUAACCACGACCACGACAAAAUUUAUCAAGACAUGACUCAUCCGUUGACACAUUACUACGUAGCCUCAUCCCAUAACACCUAUCUGCUGCAAGACCAACUUCGCGGCCCUUCCAGCGUGGACGCCUACAUCAAUGCACUGAGGAAGGGAUGCCGUUGUGUUGAGCUUGACUGCUGGGAUGGUGAUAAUGGUGAGCCCAUUGUAUACCACGGACACACACUCACAUCGAAAAUCCUUUUCAAAGAUGUCAUACAAGGAAUCAGUAAACACGCUUUUGAAGUUUCGGAGUAAGUUGUCAUUUUGUAUGUGUGUAUUUUUAGAAACUUUGAGCCUGUGGAAGAACUCUUAGGGCGGCCAAAGUCGGGCAUUUAUAAUUCUUUUCUUUAUUCAUCUAAAUUAUAAUAAAAUUAUUUAACAAUCAAUGAAUGAGGCUGAGUAUCUAAUGAAGAAUUAUGGAGAUCGAGGAGGGUGUUAUCCGUCGAGGCCGUAGGCCAAGGCGGAUAACACCUACCGAGAUCUCCAUAAUUCUUCAUAUGAUACGAAAGCCGAAUUCAAGAAUUGUUUUAUCAUUCAUUCAAAAUAAUUCCUAAUUUAAAAACACAGCUAAAACAAGCUUACCUGCAUCGAUUUUAAGUUUAUCUUCGAUAGUUUACGUUUAGGUUUGUCCAGCUCCGCAAAUAUUCUCCAAAUUGCAGAUGUCACACUCCAAGUUGUCUUCUUGCUGUUUUUGCUAUGUUUUUAGCCAUUAUUUCGCCUAGUUCCAGCUGUAGUUAUUACUCUUGAAACGAGUGAAGUGUCCGCCAUUUUAGUUUUUACAGCGAAAACAACUCAAUCUCGUCCCCAGGUCUUCUCGGUUAACGAUGCAUUAACCUGUAGAAGGCUGCAUUUUUGACGUCAUUUCCUCGUUAAACACAAAAAUUCUUCCAAAUUUGGUCAUCAGUAACUGGUUAUGGUGAAUUAUGCGUGUACCUUUAGCCAAUCAGAAUUGGGUAAAUAUUUUGAAUGAAUAAUAAUAUUAAUUAUUAUUAAGUCUCAAGCUAUGUUCACACUAAAAUGUGAUAGCCUUUUUUCAUUUUCGAAAACCGUAUCGGAGAGGUAUUUUGCUCACCAAUGAAUUUCUUCUUCUUCUUCAAUUACUUGGCUCCAUCUAUAAAGAUGAUUCUUCAUUCAUUUCGUCCUUACGCAUGCUUCUAGCGGAAGACCUGGUAACACCGCUGCGCACUGAACCUUUACCUCUACUUUCCGUACUGCAAUAAGCGAGGUCACAAUAGUGUGUGCAACCCUGGGGCCGUUUUGUAACGUGCCUGUUCACAUUUUAUCAGAUCGAUUUCUACGCCGCCAAAAAAACUGUUCCGGCCUCGGUGUUUGGUUAUUUUAUCGCCUGUCCGGGUAUCCAGUAAAGAACUUCUUCUCGUUUUUGAUAUACUACUUUUCGGUGUUUAGGUAUAAGAUAAAAUACUCCUUCUCGAGUUUGAUAGGUUACUUACUUACCUGGACAACUGAUGCAACAGUCGAUCCUUCCCGUGUUUGAUAUGUUAUUUAUUUGCCUGGAAAACUUAUGAAACACUUCUUCAGUUCUCGUGUCUGAUAUGUUAUUUCUCGGUGCCUGGAUAUCUGAUGAAACACUCCUUCUUGUUCUUGAUAGAUUAAAUAUCGGUGCCUAGAUACCUGAUGAUACACUCCUUCUCGUAUCUGAUAUGAUAUUUCUCGGUGCAUAGACAUGUGAUAAAACACUCCCUCUCGGGUUUGAUAUGUUAGUUAUCGGUGUCUGGGCCAUCAGAUGAAAUACUCCUUCUCUUGUUUGAUAAGUUACUUAUUGGUGCCUGCAUAUCUGAUGAAACACUCCAUCAAGUGAAGAGCAAUUGUAACACUCAGAUUUUCACUGUUUUGUAGGUAUCCAGUUAUUCUUUCCCUGGAGAACCACUGCAGUCUCCCAAAUCAAAAGAAAAUGGCAGAAUAUCUCGAAGCAAUUUUGGGCGGUAUCCUUUGUCGACUUGCAAUAUGUUGUACGCUUAAUCAUUGCAUUCUUAUAGAUUUUUAAGUAAGUAAAUCAUUAAUAAAAAGAGAAUUGAAAUAAUUUGGAUAAUCUAAAAGAGGUGUUGGACGAGUGUAUAGUAAAGCAGGUGAAGAACGAGUCUAUACCAGUAGCACAGCAAGCACCCUCGAAAGAUUGAAUAUAUAAAAUAUUAACUAUGAGGUCAAUAUUCUAGGGAAUAAUUAUAACUUAGCCCCAGGACCCCACGCCGUUUCGUCGGCUGGGUGUUGACUGAAUUUUUCUUGUAAUCUGAUCAUUCGUCUCGCUGAGUCAGUCGAUUACUGUUUUCACACCCUCCCUCCCACCCUGGGGGCUUCCCUUGAGUCCUCAGGGUCUCGGUUCCUUCUUUAAAGACGCCCAAGCAGAUUCACUGGCUUGUUGUUUGCUGUCGUGCGCGGGGAACACGAGGGAUAAUUAAUCAGAUAAAUAGAAGUUAUAUGUCGAAUGAAUGUGUAAACGAAAAGUUUGAUUGAUUAUAAAGAAGGCAGGAUGUUGUUCCUUGAUUCAGAUAUCGCCUAGAUAUGUUGUACAAAGUGCCUGUAGAUGCCCAGUUUGAUUCUUUCCCAUCUCCAGAAUUCUUCAAGAACAGGAUUCUUAUUAAGGUACUGCAUUGCAUUUUCUCUUGAUUCCAAACCAAACACUCGUACACGUACGUCUUUGUCUUUUGACUCUGGUUUGUGUUGUUAACAAUUGACAUUUUUCUUUUUAGUUUCGUCAAAUGAAGAUAGCGCAGGGCCUUUACAGUUGUCUCCGUGGCAACAAGUUGAACUCAGUCACAGCCCACCAGGGUAGUUUUCCUGACAGGCGCUCGGGUGGAUGUCACGCAUCGCUCCCCGUGCCUACGCGGCUGCUUUAAACCACAAUCCACUUUCCAUUGUUUAAGACGUUUUUAUUUGGACCAAUGAACGCCUUGUUAUUGGAUACGAUGUACCAAUAACAGUAAAGUUUUGCGUCUCGAUGCCUUUUGCAUCAAUAUGUUCUUUUUGUUUAUUUGGCUUUCGCGGGGAAAACCCUGACUCCUCCUUUAACCGGCGAGGGAAAGGAAAUCGUAACGUGACGUUGACCGAAGCUGUGGCUGUGCCACAAUGGUGGAAUUGAUCACCCUCGAUUGACUCGACCUGAUAGUUGUUCUGGGCGUAUCUUGCCUUGAUUUCUAAUGUAGGGUUUUAUCACACAGGGCAAGAAAUUAAAACCUGAACACGAGACUGAUGACGAAGACGUCGGUGAUGUAACGGAUGAGGACGAGGCUGCUGAUAUCGAUCAGGAGGCUGCAGCCGCUGUACUGCAGGAAAAGAGUGCUGAGGGCGGAGAUGGACCCUCCACUACUGCGUCAACUACCACUGAUACCCCGCCAGUGAAAAAGAAAGAGAAGAAGCCCAAGAAGGUAAUAGUAGAGCAAGUUUAGGGCUUGACAUUAAGUAUAUUUCUUAGUUAUAAUCUCACCGAUUUCCCAACUGGAUAGGGAAUCGCAAAGCUGGCUCAAAGUUUCGAUUAUUCCAAGCUACCGUGUCAGCCUCCCUAACUACCAAAUGAUAUGCGUCAUGAUCAUGAAUAUGAUCAGAAUUCAAGCAUUGACUUCUUUCCUCAGUAACUUGCUUUUUGCACGCAAGGGUAAUAUUCACCUCAGGGAUUAACUCAUAGACCAAUCACGCGUAAGCAUAGAGCUAAUCAAAUUCCUCGCGUUCUAAGUCUUUAUUACGCAAGCAUUAUUCUUUAAUUUGCUCUGAUGAAAGGCUACUUCUCGAAACUUCAGCUUUUAAAUCAUUUCAUGGUGGAAGAUUGACUUUCUCAACUCAUUUAAUAAAUAAAGGCGAAAAGGUUGCACAGGAAUGUUAACAUAAACAGAGUUAUUGAACGGAACAUAAAUUAUUUUACUUUGCCCGUAACUGAGUUUGUAAAUUGUAACACUGACACUUGACUAACUCUUUUUCAAUACUAACCCUUAAAACCAAGUACUUCAGACUAACACUUGUUUGCAUAUAUAAUUAUUAUUAUUAUUCAUUCAAAAUAUUUCUCCGUUUGUGAUUGGCUAAAAUCACACGCAUAAUCCAUCAUAACCAGCUACUCGACAAAAUUUGGAAGACUUUUGCCACAUGUGAAAAAUGACGUCAAUUGUGUAGCAUAAUUGCCAGAAAACUGAACAGUUAACCGAGAAGACCUGGGACGAGGUUGAGUUGUUUUGGUAGUAAGUACAAAAGGCGGAACAUUUCACUCAUUUCACGAGGAAGAAAUAGACGAACUAUUGGCUAAAAACAUAGCAAGGACAGCAAGAAGACAGCUCGACGGGCAACAUCUGCUGUUUGGAGAAUAUUUGCAAUACUAAACGACCCUUUAUCUCCUAAACUUGCCAAUAACCAGGCAAUUGAAGAUUAGCUUAACAUCGAUACAGGCUAGAACUAGGAAUUAUUUUGAAUGAAUAAUAAAACGAUUGUUGAAUUCGGCUCUCGUAACAUCUAAAGAAUUAUGGAGAGAUCUCGGAGGGUGUUAUCCGCCUCGCCCACCUUGAUCUUCAUAAUUCUUCAGAUGAUACUCAGCCUCAUCCAAUAAUUGUUAAAUAUCUUGAUAUUAAAACUCUAAACCUUGUUAAUGACUCCUUUUUACUUCUAAACUUUAAUAUAAGCUGCUUUAAACUUUCCGAUAACAAUGGAUCUAGCUAAGGGGCUUUUGGGGUCUUCCUCAGUCCCCCAGCCCAUCCUUUAAGCACCCCUCGUAUCUUAAGGUAUGAAUGAGCGAGUCCCAAACAUACCUGAAGAUCUGAAUCCGCCAUUGUUGCAUGUAUUUGUUAGGAAACUCUGCGCCGAUCUUUUCGUGCCGUUGGUAAAGUGGUGCGUACCGCCGGUAGAUUAAGAGAUGAAACAGAUGUAAGUCAACAUAAAUUUUUUAAACAUUUGUAAAUUUAUUUAAAAAAGAAUACUUAAUUUUAAAAUAAUUUGUUCCACAUCUAAACUUAUAAAAUGUAAAUGUUUGCUUUCAACCAGGAUUAACGUCUGAAGACACUUAAACUGCAUUAAACUGCAUGUUAAGAUACACGAGAGUUUAUUGUUAGCCGAUUGAGUGCUAAUACAUGGGUUAACAUAAUACAUAAACUUAGGAAAUUCUAAAAGCGGAACUUCCGCUCAAGACUAACCUUCUAUUUGAAACAAUAAUAUUUAAAUCAAUGGGAGAAAAAUAGAAUUGUCCUUAACAUUAAUCUUUUUUGUACUUUAAGAUUUUGUUCAAGGGAAAACAGACUGUUUACUUCAAAUUAUAAACACAAUAAUAUGCUUAAANCAUCUGCUGUUUGGAGAAUAUUUGCAAUACUAAACGACCCUUUAUCUCCUAAACUUGCCAAUAACCAGGCAAUUGAAGAUUAGCUUAACAUCGAUACAGGCUAGAACUAGGAAUUAUUUUGAAUGAAUAAUAAAACGAUUGUUGAAUUCGGCUCUCGUAACAUCUAAAGAAUUAUGGAGAGAUCUCGGAGGGUGUUAUCCGCCUCGCCCACCUUGAUCUUCAUAAUUCUUCAGAUGAUACUCAGCCUCAUCCAAUAAUUGUUAAAUAUCUUGAUAUUAAAACUCUAAACCUUGUUAAUGACUCCUUUUUACUUCUAAACUUUAAUAUAAGCUGCUUUAAACUUUCCGAUAACAAUGGAUCUAGCUAAGGGGCUUUUGGGGUCUUCCUCAGUCCCCCAGCCCAUCCUUUAAGCACCCCUCGUAUCUUAAGGUAUGAAUGAGCGAGUCCCAAACAUACCUGAAGAUCUGAAUCCGCCAUUGUUGCAUGUAUUUGUUAGGAAACUCUGCGCCGAUCUUUUCGUGCCGUUGGUAAAGUGGUGCGUACCGCCGGUAGAUUAAGAGAUGAAACAGAUGUAAGUCAACAUAAAUUUUUUAAACAUUUGUAAAUUUAUUUAAAAAAGAAUACUUAAUUUUAAAAUAAUUUGUUCCACAUCUAAACUUAUAAAAUGUAAAUGUUUGCUUUCAACCAGGAUUAACGUCUGAAGACACUUAAACUGCAUUAAACUGCAUGUUAAGAUACACGAGAGUUUAUUGUUAGCCGAUUGAGUGCUAAUACAUGGGUUAACAUAAUACAUAAACUUAGGAAAUUCUAAAAGCGGAACUUCCGCUCAAGACUAACCUUCUAUUUGAAACAAUAAUAUUUAAAUCAAUGGGAGAAAAAUAGAAUUGUCCUUAACAUUAAUCUUUUUUGUACUUUAAGAUUUUGUUCAAGGGAAAACAGACUGUUUACUUCAAAUUAUAAACACAAUAAUAUGCUUAAAUUAUAAUAUCAUGACCACCAAAGUUAAUCAAUUCGAAGUUGAAAUUGCGUUGAAAAAAAAAAAGUGGAAUUUGAGGGAAAAACAAACUAGUGGGGAGAUGUAAAAUUACAAACUUUCUCAAUUAAUAGACCGUGAGCUGCCUUGUACAAUUCAGGAGACAGUCGCCACCACCCAAAUGAUCAAAACGAGCGACCGAUAAAUAAGCUUAUUUUAAAAGUAAACGUUUCUUUAUAGGUCUGAGAAAAAUCAAAUCAAAUGAAUUAACACUGUGGCAAAAAAAAAAAAGGAGGUUGUUUUAAAAAUCUCGUAACACCAAAUCAAAAACAAAUGACAGAAUGAGCAGAAAAGGGAAGUUGCGCGUCUUAUGUUUAAACUCAGGGCAACGUUAGCCAAGUCCUAAGCCAACAUUAUCACUUACUUCUCACUUAGGGCAAAAUGUUGGCUUAGGGGAGGGGUAGGUGGGCAGUUUCCCAGAAACGUUUAAUGAUCCGUUAUAAGUAAGUAAACCCUUAAGUAUUAAAAUAAAAUCUCUUAAAAGUUUGGAAGUAUAUUAAUUGCUUUUUACUUUCUAAUAUUUGGUCACACUUGGAGCAGGGUUAAACAGGUAAUACAAUGUAAAGAAAAUACAUUAUCAAAUCAACGACUCUAGUAAUGAACAGUAAAAAUUGAUAAUAUUAACUUUUCAAGGGUGACACUUACAAUUACUGAUGACGUAGUGGCUAACAUCGUGGCCCACACGUGAAUAGAAGAAACAAAUAGUCCAAAUUGAGUAUAACAAUUGCAAGAAUCGCAGCUGGCGGGAGGCAAACCAGUCGGUUGUUUUCAGCUCUACUUACUGACUAACGUUCCACAAGACUGAGGCUGCUACCAUUAACGAUCGAUCCCCCAUAAUCUUUUUCGCAAUAUACCAUUAUUGUUUCGACGGAAUUGGUGAUGUGCAGGAGGCAAGAUUGAAACUAAAUUCCUAUUCUAAAUUAUCAUACUCUCUAAUAAUCCACUUUAUUUUCUUGGUUUAUUCGUCGUAACGCAUUUAUCAUAUGGGACCACUGUGACUUCUUUUUUCGGUGCUCUUCUGUAUCAUGCUUUGUAAGUAGUAUUAUAUGGACCGAAUUAUCCUUUUUUGAGGUAAACAAACGUGGAUCUUGUCCAUGGGAUUCCAUGUAUUAUGAGAAGUGAUCUUGCACUUUUAGCUGGGCGAAAUGGUCAUUAGUGUCACAUGUCUUUGCCGACAGGAAUCCGAACUCCUCAUUGUUCCUUAUUUCUAACGGUCUUUCUUAUCCUAAUAGGAGGAAAAGAAUGGGAAGAAAACCAACAAGCUUAAAUUGGCAAAAGAGCUUUCCCGCUGUGUAAACUAUGUUUCCAGUGUUGGUUUCAAAGGAUUUGAACACGCAAAGCAAAACUGUAAGUGGACAGAGAACAAAGCUUAUGUGAUUGACACGUUCGGAGACAAAAUAGGCAUGCGCAGUAGUAGGGAACAAAUCGAGCGCGGGCAAUCUCGUUCCCAGAGGCCGCGAUCCUUUUGUACAGCGACGGGGAUCACUGUACAAAAGUAACGGAGGCUCUGGGGGCGAGAUUGGAGCGCGGGUCGAGACCUGCUAUUUUUUUACACAACUUAGAAGAGAUUGAAUCAAAUGGCUGUUCACACGUUCACACAUGUUAGUUGAACCAAAUCAAAAAAAAAUUAUUAAAUGAUACGUGAAAGUACGUCAAACCUAGCCUCAGACCUAGCCGCAGACAUUCUUAGGCGUGCGUGGGGAAGGAACGCGUGACGCACGCCUAAGAAUAUCUGCGGGGGAGGCUACGUCAAACCAGUCUCUUUGCGAAACAAAGCAGCUCUAGUAAGUUGUACAAAAACAAACUCAGCAGAGUUAGUGUGAACCGAGAGCUUCUUAGGUACAUAAGAUGCAGACGUGCGUGUUCAACGUGUAUUGGUAGGUUUUCUACCUAAUAAACCCUUCAAAAAGGAUGCGUUAUAGUGACCGAAACCAAAAUCACGGGUUAAACGUGUUUGGUUGGGUUUUGUACUUUAUGCUCAGUAGCUGAAACUGAAAGAUAUUGUAGUUAAAUAAAGAAACCCUUCGAAGAUGAUGCCUUACAGCAAGAAAAGGAAACCAAAAUCACAGACCUCUGGCAGAGUAUAAACCUGCUUACGGGCACUCUGGGUAUUGUUACAAAACUUCUUGGAGUGUUUAACUGAUGGAGAUGAUAUGGAGCUGAAAAACAGUUAAUAGGAAAUAUAGACUGGAAUUAACUGCAGACACCGUCAAAAACACUGCUGUAUAGAACACCAAAUAACUGAAAGGACGCAUAGCUUGAGAUUGACACUUAUCACUUUUUAACCCUUUAAGUCCCAAUAGUGACCAAGAUCAAUAUUCUCCUAACAAUAUCCAUACACUGUCAAGAGAUAAGUUAUGAGAAUUAAUAAAAUGAUCACCUGAGAGAAAAUGCCCUGAUCUAUCAUCAAAUUCUCUCAACUAAUUUCUUAAGGAAAUGUAUGGAGACCAGUUUGGAGAAUUUGUAUGUGGAUACUGGGGCUUAAAGAGUGAAAAGUAAUACAACUAGCAGUGAGAAGCAACCUAAUUUUUAUGCGUGGACCAUUUCACUCUUAAAACAGACAAAUUUCAUCAGAUGUCUUCCUUCGUGGAGUCAAAGAUGGCGAGCCUGAUGACAAAUUCAGGAAGUGAUUUUGUGGAAUAUAAUAAGAGGCAACUAAGCCGAAUUUACCCAGCUGGUGGGAGAGUGGACUCCAGCAAUUAUAAUCCUCAACAAGCUUGGAAUGCGGGCUGUCAGAUAGGUAUGCGAUGAACAGACGAAACUUAUUCUUUUUGUAUUUUUGUAGUAACCUCUGUAUACACGUUUCCGCGUCUAUUGUUAUUCUCUACCAAUCUUAUUUUUUCUUUUUUUUUGUAUUUUUUAAAUAUUUUAACCGUUUAUUCCAUUUUUCGUUAGCUUUUCUAGACCCUGAUGAAGGUUAUAUUUAAUUUUGCCAAACAGAAAUAUCGGGUAAAUAGAUUACCCAUUCAUAGCUGUCUUACAACAUAAUACAUUUGAUGCCGGAAAACAUGAUUUUUUAGGUUAACUCCAUGUAUUCCGGUCAUUUGAACGGGCCUUUAACUACAUUGUUCAUUUUUUUUGUCGUUUUUCUGUUCUCCGUAGUUGCUCUUAAUUACCAAACGGAUUCGGAACCCAUGCAUCUGAACCAAGGCAAAUUCAGAGUUAAUGGACGCGCAGGAUAUAUCUUGAAACCAAAACACCUCAGAGACCGUAAGUACUUUAAAAACAUUAGUUUAGUGCAAAUCAGUAAAAUGCGCUGGAAUUAAACAUCAUUCAUCAGUGGGUGAUUUAUAUACUUUUGAUUGACUCUGUAGCUUCAUUCAGCUUUAACCCUCAUACAAAGACCGAGAUUACAGGAAUAGAGAAGAUAAAGAUAUCUAUAAAGGUAUAUUCGUUAUGUCCCUCAACUGCUGGGCACUUACACAGCCUCUUUUUUCGUAGUGAAGUAGCGCUCUUUAUGCAUGGCUUUAGUAUUGUAUAUGUGUAAAAUUGUGUCCUUUUUAUGUGUUAUUUUGUGGUUUUGCUUUUCGCCUCGAUUAUCUAUAAACCUACUCGCGAGAUAGCCUCCGAACUGCAGACGUAUUUCCGGUCGUCGACCGCUUUUCUCCCUCCAAAAAUAUCUUGUUUUACUUUCCGGAGGGAGAGAUCGACGACCGGAGAUAAGGUCUGUAGUUCGCAGGCUUCUCGCGGGAAGAAAACAUCACUUUGUUGUAUAACAUUUAAUCACUUCUAGAAAUGAAAUUACUGGUUUUAUUUUUGUUGUACAUACCAAGUACUGAGAAGCAAGUUGUAAAGCCGCAAACCACAAGAAAUAAGUGCGUACAUAGGCUAAAACAUAGCAGUUUGCUUCUUCUUUUAAUUGCCUCUAUCGUCUAAAUGUUGCAAGGCGCCUCUAAGGAAAAUGAUGGGUUUGCCCCAGUCUAUACUUCACCAGGCUUUCUUCACGAUUCAGAUAUCUCGUGUGUGUUUGAAAGGACAAAUAUGCGGCCUGUACCUUGAGGUAAUGGGUAGAGACAAUUAUCGUGGUUUUGAAGUGUAUGUGUUGAAAACCCCAAAUAGAUAACGUAGUUUUACGAAAUUAAUGACAUUUAACCGGAAAUCGUUGAAUUUGAUUGUUAGCAUAUCAUUUUUUAGUAUGACGUCAUUUCCGUAUUUGGAAAAAACUUUCUUUUUCAUGAAUAAUGAUGCAGUUCUUCACUUUUGUGUGCGAUCGUGUAGACAUGCCGCGUGUUUCUCUAUAUUUCAUCUUGAAUAUAUUCACAGGUCAUUUCUGGUCAACAACUUCCAAAGCCUGCGGGAACUAAAGGAGAGGCGAAGGUCAAAGGAGAAGUAUGUAAAGAAGAUAUAUAGAAGAAUAAAUAGUCUGUCUUUCUAUGCCGCUAUUCCAUAGUGGUAGGGACUUUUACCAUGUAGAAGGCAUGUCAGCGUAAUUUGAGCGGCAAGGAGAGACUUAUCCCGUACCCACUGAUUUCACACCUGUAACCGUGAGAGAUUUGGAUACUUUCUUCUUAUUUCUUCUGCAUACCAUUUCGAACCAUUGCUACCUAUUUCGUCCUUCUCCUCUCCUCACGCUAGCUUUUUUCUUCCGAAUUUUCUUCUUUCUUUACUGAAAAUUAUCACUAACGGUUAAUGUUUCUUUUUUUGACCCUGUUUAUUCACGUACGCUUUCGCUUUUUUCUCUCGGGUUCGUUCGUCCUACCUACUCCACCACCCUCGCCCUUUUCAUCGCGUGAUUGACGUUUUUCCUUGUUUUGCCUUUCAGGUUAUUGAUCCGUAUGUUAAGGUGGAUUUUCAUGGUAUACCAGCAGAUACUGCCAGCUUUAAAACAAAAGUCGUCAAAGAUAAUGGUGAGCAGAUUCAAUUGAUAGCUCAUCGAUACACCGUUCAUAGAACUUGUCCUCUUUGCUCUUACUCUCUAGGUGUACCUAUUUCGCAAACUUCCGGUAAGGUGUUCAUUGUCUAUUGUAAUAUACUAGCACAUUCUACGCUAGGAUGUCUUAAGUUGAUUUCCACUUGUUGCUGUUUUGUUUUUAUGUAGGUUUUAACCCAAUGUGGAAGGAAACAUUUGAAAAAGAGCUUCUUAUGCCAGAGCUCGCUAUGAUUAGGUUUGUGGUUUUUGACGAAGACGUUGGUUCUCGUGACGACUUCAUUGGACAAUUCUCGUUACCCUUUACCAGCGUUAGACCGGGUAUGUUACUCUACCUAUGAUCCUUAUUGUAUUGCUUAAAAUACUGAAGGUCUAAUGGUAUCAAGUCUUAUGAUAUUAGGGAGCUUAAGCAACAACGACGGCGGCGGCUGCGAAAACGUCACUUAAAACUGAAGUGAAUUCGCGCUACUUUAAACUUUAUCGGGCUUAUUCCACCUCAUUCAAUUCGUCAAAUGUUGGCGAAUUUUUCUGGAGUUGAAUUCUAAAGGACUGUAUCGAAGUUUAGGAAAAACAAAGUCGUUGUCUUGUGUUCACGUCCUCCAGAAAACGUGGAAUUAGGCAGUUUCACGUAGUGGUGGUGCAACGACGGCAAGCUGGAAAGUACAAAAAAGUGUGAGUUGUUUUUUUGCUAACAUAAACCUGUUGCUUUUUUUUUUGCCGUUCUCGUUGCCGUCGCCGUCGUCGUUACUUAAUUAAGUUCCCUAUUGUCAGGAUAAUACGGUGGAUCCAAAACCCCCUCUCCCCCUCUCCCCCUCCUUAUUCGCGCCAUGAUUAAACAUUGCUCCAACUUGUUAGUUGAAUUAGUAUAAUUGCACUUGCCGGACCACCAGCGCCAAAACACCCUCUAGUAAAAUCAUUAUAGCUGUAGUUAAGUAAUUUUCUUAGUUCAAGUGAUAAUGAUAUCCUCUUACCCGGAUGUCUUUAGGGCGUCGUCAUGCGUUUCUUCCCCACGAACGCCCUUUAGCCUUGAUUGCAUUGUUAGGAGGUGACGUUAAGCUGUUGGCGUUGUCCUCUUCAUUCUUCCUUCGCGGUUUAUGCAGACGGGAUUUAAAAGAAACCACAUUGCUCUUUAAGAAGUUAAGCUUGCUUGGCCGACCUCUGUAAUCACUUUAAUUCCCAUGUAAAGUGAGCAUAAAACAGUGAGACCAUAAAUGAACUUAAAGUGGCAUCCACAAAUGCCCUCUUUGCUGAGAGAGAUAAAUUAAAAAAUAAUGUUAAGUGUGUUGUCUGCUCCUUCUACUUUCCUUUCCAUUUUUUUCCCAUCAAUUUGGUAUCGCAAGAUACGUAUUGUUAAUAUUGGUUUGCUCUUUUCGUUUCCUAGGAUACAGGCACAUUCAUUUGUUAGGCAACAAAGGAGAGUCGCUAGGCUAUGCAUCUCUAUUCGUUCAUAUCAAUAUUUGGGGUGGGUCCAAACCCAACAAGUCCUCCGACAGAUCCUCGCUUUCGGUAAGAUUGCAAUUUGUUGCUGAUAUUGCUGUUUAUCAGGAUAUAGUUAUUUUACUGCGAUAAACCGAUGUUUGUGAGGUAAGCCCGCGCCCGCUCAGCCCUUCGCCUUUCUCCCCCUUUCUCUCUCCUAUACGAAAGCCGCGCGCGAAUGAGCGGCUCGAAAUCGAUCCUUAGUAUAAAUGGAAGACCUAAGGACUAAAACCGAGUGUAGCAUGUUAAAAAAGAAAGAAAGAAUCUAGCUGCACACGAAUGACAACGCGACCCGCCUUUUUAAUGUGCCAUUGCUCACUCUAUAUCACACCUUGAGACAUCGACCAGUUUGAAUAACAGCCACCGAUUCUUUGUUAAGACUCGUCGUCAUCUAUUGUUUUAUUCGGUGUAAUGGCAAACUGGACGCUGUAAGUACAUGUCGCGAAAGAUAAAAGGAUUCUGGGCGAUGUAAGCACUUAGUCUCCAACUUUUGCAACUGGACAGAAGUGCUCUUCUUGGACUGCACCCAGAUAUUCAAAUUUAAAAAGCAGUGACACCUCUUUAAUUCGGACACCUGAGGGACAAAGCUAAGUGUCCCCAUUGCAGAGGUGUCUGUAUUUUAGAGGUAAGGAAUGUUUGAAGUUCGACAACUUUGGGAAAAAUAAUUGUUUGUAUUUUAGAUAUGUUCGUGAGUAGAGGUCCGACGAUAUGAGUAAGGAAUCAAAGCCUUCCCACCUAGCUCCCCCCCCCCCCCCCCCCCCCCCCCCUCCCCCAUCUUCUACGCGGGCUGCGCAGUGCAUACAACUUUAAUUUAAAAAGUCCCUUAAAUCCCCAUACUGACGAAUAAUUAUCUUUCCAUGUUGUUGUUUUUAGGAAGCGGCCUCUCCAAGGAUCUCAUCCCAUUAUAAUUGAUGAUUGCAACAUUUAUUCCAGUCACAAGCGGAUGUUUAGCACUGGAGUUUUUAAGCGUCCUGCUGUUUGGUUGCGCGCUGAUAGUUCAUUUCGAAGAUGGUAGCCAUUUGAACCGACCAAAGACAACGCAAACACAAGCGCAAUGAUAGAAAACCCGCCCAACAAUUACUGAAAGGACAUGCACCAAAAAAACAUUUUUGUGGAAUCCAAUGCAAUCCUUGCUAGAAAGACUGAAAUGAAAUAAAAUAACGAAAGUAAAAACUACAUAAUAUUUAAUGUGAAUUAAAUCCGCAGCGACAAUGCCAAAAAGUAGUUUGGUGCGUUGAAAGGAAAAUAAUUAUCAUUUUAUAAUUGUUCCGCGGAUAUUUUGUGGGUUAAAUUUGGUUUAGCUAAUAUUGGGUCGUUAAUACUACAGUUGAAAGCUGAAACGACGACGUUACUGAGGGGGGGAGGGGGGGUACAUGCUACACAAGUAAAUAAUAAUAAUAAAAAAUUAAUGAAUUGUCAUCUGCAAAUUUACCUGCGCAAUAAAUAGUGAUCAGUAAGGCAUGCUGGUUGUCACUUAAGGAUAUUUUACUGAAAGAUUUUUGUUCCGAAUCUGGGGCUUCUUUGUUUAUUUUAAUUUAGCUGGUUGUAUAACCACACAAAAAAGUCUCGGGAUAGAAUUUUGGAUGUAUUUGGUUACACUUCUUUGUCGUAUAAUAAUAAGAAUAUGUGAAGGAGUGGUAAUCUGAUGAAAUUGCAAAAUGAUUCAUAUUUGCACAUAAUCUGUAUUUCGAUGCUAGAAUUGCCAUUUUUU